UCAAUUAAACUUCCUGACCUUAAUUUCUCGGAAGAAGCUUUUACCAGCUUUCAAAUUUGAUCUUUCAGCCCGGCUUUGGAAGCCAACUUGCCCACUCCAUGUUCACCCACCCGAACUAGUGCAUCAUCCCCGUUUUCAUUGCCAGAUUUGUAUGCGAUUGAUUUCGUUCUAAAUUUCGUUUGUUGAUUUCGUGUAUUGUACAGCUGGAGUUUGUUUAGCUGAGAAGGAGAUCCGCUGAUUGGUGACAUGACGUUCUUGGCGAUCAUCGUAGCCGCCAUCUUGGGAAUCCUCUGCUCCUCUGCAGAGGGUACUAGCUGUCGUCGACCGAGGAGUUUACGGAAAGGACGUUACGAAUAUCAGAACAGUACAGACUAUGGAUUGACGCAUCUCCCUGUGAAUUACAUCGUGCGCGCAGAGUGUGAGCCUAACGCAACGCUUGUAGGAGAUGAGUUCAUUAUCUGCCAGGACAACGGAAAGUGGAGUGACUACCCAUAUUGCCACGCUCCGCUAGUAUGUUUUCGUCCUCCCGAGAGCCCUGUCAACGGGUAUAUGCGCAUGCGUGGUAAAUCUGCAAGAAGCAUUGCUGUGUAUCGCUGUAACCCUGGUUUCGAGCUCCAUGGACAAAGAACGGUGGUCUGCAACGAGACUACGGGUAGUUGGCAGGGAGAUGUACCUCGAUGUUUCAGACCUCCAUCAUGCCCUGACCCAAACGAACCAUCCGGGAUGCUAGCCUUGGUUCUUGUUGAAAACUCUGGAAUCAAACACGGUGAUCUCUACACCGAACGCACAGUGUUCAACUAUACCUGCCAAACAGGAUACCAUCCAACCGGGGACGUCACAAUCACGUGUCAGAAUGGCACCUGGGAAGCGGAUGCGGAUGUCCCAGAAUGCAACAGGAUCAUCUGUGCCCCACCCAUCCUGGAGCCCAUAGAGAAUGGUACACACAAUAUUGAGAACAGGACCUACCAUGUUGGAGAAAUGGUCCAAUAUGAAUGUAACGAAGGGUAUCUCGUCGAUGGAAUAAGCUGGCAAGUAUGUCAGAGUCACGGUGGACCCAAUGGAAUAUGGUCCGAUAACGUACCAACCUGCAAAGUCGCCAGGUGUCCCCAUCCGGGUUCCCGUCACCUUGACAACGACGAGAUUUCUUUCUCGCCGAGAAACGGACAAGGCGCCACGAAUUCUUGGCCCGUAGGAACGGUGAUGACCCUCAGGUGUCGGUCACAUCUAGAGCUGCUGGGGUCAAGUGAGAGGGUGUGUCAACCUGAUGGUCACUGGAAUGGUACUCUGACGUCAUGCCACAGUGAAGAGUACUACUGUCCCGCCUUGGGGAACCCCAUACACGGCUCCAAAGUCGCCAUUCCGCAGUACAGAGUGAACACCUAUGUCCGUUUUCGAUGUAACGGUGGUUACGAGAUGGUUGGUUCUGAAGAGAGGAUGUGUACGUUUUCUGGGGAGUGGACUGGAGAGAUGCCAAGAUGCAUGAGUCGUGAUGAGUUCGACGAAUUUGCUCGAGUGACGAGCGGCCUGGGAAAGGCCUUCGACGAAAUGGCCAUCGACGGGGGCUUUGGGGUCGGUUUCAAUAACACCACUUUAAACUCCGGUAGUAGACGAAGGAAGCGUACAAUCGAUCUAUCAAACUCUUCCGCCCUGGAUAUCUACUUUGCGUUUGAUGCGUCGAAUAGCGUUGGACUUGAAAACUUCGAGAAAGGCAAACGAUUUGCCAAGCUUCUAGUGGACAAGCUUGAUGAGAACAUUUUGGCUGGCGGAACCCGAGUCGGAGCAUUGUACUAUUCGUCUCAAUCUAUGCGGGCUUUCAACGUGAACGAAUACAGAUCCACGGAUGGUGUGACUUCAGCCAUCGAUACUCUCAUACAUUACAAAAGCGAUGGAACUAACUUACCAGCUGCUCUGAUCAACAUCAAAGAAAUGGUGGCUGAAACUCUUGGUGAUACACCAGACAACACCAGAAGAGUUCUCUUCAUCAUCACUGAUGGUUUUAGUAACGUAGGUGGCGCCCCUUCGGAACACGCUCUCACGCUCAAGGAAGAUUUAGGCUUCAAGAUACACUGCAUAGGAAUUAGCCAGAAGACGGAUAAGAAAGCACUUGCCGAAAUCGCCUCUCGGCCCAUCAUCGAACAUGUCUUUUAUCUUUCGGAUUAUAUCGAGCUUGACGAGGCCGUGGACAUCAUCACUAAUACAAAGAGAUCUUACGAGGAAUGUGGCAAAUCGGGAAAUACUAUUGUGGCGAGGUCUCGAAUUGUGGGCGGGGUGGACGCUAAGUCUGGGGCGUGGCCAUGGCAAGCAGCUCUUUAUGAUACAGCAACAAAUGACCUUCUGUGCGGUGGUUCUCUAAUCCGGAAGAACUGGGUCCUGACUGCAGCACACUGCUUUCGCGGACUGUUCUCUUUAACCAGGGAUACCACGACAGUCUAUCUCGGGUUGACAGAUAGGUCUGGCGAUCUGCCAAGGUCACAGCAGUUUGACAUUGCCCAGCUCAUCUUCCAUCCACAAUACAGCGUCGAAGGUAGUGCACAGCAUAACGAUGUCGCCCUCUUGCGGUUGGAUCGUGAAGCUGAGCUCAACCCGUAUGUGCGUACGGUGUGUCUUCCACCAAGCUCUGUGACAGAUCCAUUGAAAGCCAAUUGGUACCUGAAGCCAGACAGGGUGGCCAAAGUCACAGGCUGGGGUCACAGCGACAUACGACUGCCUGACGAACCGAUCGAUCCUGCAACCAAGAAUCUCCAGGAAGUCGACGUACCCCUCGUGUCAGCGACAGAAUGCCGAAGAGUGAUGCAAGACAACAACCAGAUCCCAGUCGACACCACGACCGAACUUUGCGCGGGAGCGGACCAGCGGGAUGCGUGUAAUCUAGAUUCUGGCGGUCCCUUGGUCGUGAGUCGUAAUGGUAUCUACAGGCAGGUUGGGAUCGUGAGUUAUGGUCUAGGGUGUGGGCUGCAGAAUACCUACGGUGUCUACGCAAGACUUCCACACUUUGUCGAGUGGGUAGAAAAGACGAUUCAAGAGAAUCAGUGAUAUCUGUGAGUCGGUAAAAGUGGAAAGGGACAAAUCUAUAUAUUUUUUUGUUGUUGUUUUGUUAUUGUUCCAAUUUUAACAUAACAAGAUUGUCUCAUACAAUAGAUUUAACAAGAGAAUAUAUUAUAAUGAAAUAUUGUUAGACAUGUAAACAUAGAAAAGAAAUAAAAUGUGAAAUAUGGGGUACCUGCCCAAUAGUAAAACUUGUAUAUUAUAUGUUCGCGAAUAGAAUACCAAAAAUAUUGCACCUGAAUUCGAUAGCAAGACAGAAAGACGUAUGUGUUUGAGUAUACUGGCACAUUGGCAAUAUGAAUAUCAAGCGGGAAAAAAGUGUGGUACAUACAGAAUUCGUGCAUAUAGCCAUAGUAUAUAUGAUUGUAUGAAUAUAUCAAAGUUACAUUUUGUUACAUCACGUACACAUUCUACACCAGUCUUAAAUCACGCCGAAAUACAUAUCACAUUUUGAAGAUGCCCAUUUUAUGUAUAUUAUGCUCCGCUGCUAAUGGGAAUAUCUACGUGUUUCACAUUGUGAGAACAAAAUAAUCCAUUGAUUUGAUUCAAUAUUCAUUUGUCUAUCUAGCAGGUGAACUGUUUUGAAGCAAACGCCUUCGCGUAAACAUUUGAAGAAAAAAACAUAGCCAAAGUAGGGCAAUUUUUAUUGAAAAACACUGACUAAUCAGAUAAUACAAAUGGUUUGUAUUGGCUUAACGAAGUGGAGUGAAAUCCACUUCUUUGGAGUUGAAUCGACUCCAAGGUAUUGGUUAAAUAUCUCUUUUCUUUAGAGAGAAAGUGGAUUCCACUCUAAUUGAAGCGAUCUCAAAUGACCCCCCCCCCCCCCUCUCAACAUCAAAAUAUGGAUGUCAACUCCUGUACGGUAAGAACAUGGCAAGUGAGAGGGUUGCAUUACUAUGCAGAUAGCAACAAAUGACAACAAAAUAAUGAAUGGUUAUUGAAAUACUAAAGUUUCAUAAUGGCAGCCAUGCUGAAGUUGGGUAAUAAUGUGGAGUGCGGUUCAAGCCUGACUGACGUGAGCGCUAUACAAGAGCCAGAAGUUAUUAGUUGUCGUAGAAGUAUUGUUGUUUUUGUUGUUGUUGUUGUUGUUGUUGUUGUUGUAUAUACUGGCGUCAUAUUCUAUAAUCAUCACAGCCAUGGCUAUCGAUGAUUUAAAGAUGAAUUAGAGAAAUGGCAAAGGCAUGCCGGAAGCCAAUAUUAUUUUUAAACAAAAACGGCUAAUGUAGCGGUAAUGAGUAAACGAAUUUGAUCAGCGCAGGUAACUCGUGCAAAAUAAAUUGAUAUAGCAAAUCAACUUUGUCUGUUAAAGAUAAACUUGAGUUCUGGUAAAAAAAAAAAAAAAAUUAUUUCUCACA